AUGUGGUGGCCAAAGCUCUCGUUGUUCGCGCCUCCGCUCCGCGUCGCCGUCGUUGGAGCGGGCGCCAUCGGCGGAGAGUUCGCGCUCCGUCACUUUGGCCGGCUCACCGGCACUAGCGUGGUUGGCGUUGUCGACUGCAAUGAGGCGGCGGCGAGGAGCCUGGCAUCGAGCGUGGGCUGUCCCUCCUUCACUUCGCUGCGCGAGGCGCUCGAGGCGUGCGAUCCCGAGCUGAUCUACAUCGGCACGCCGCCAUCGACGCACCGUGAACUAGUGGAGGCGUCCCUCGCCGCCGACUGCCACCUCGCCCUCGAGGAGCGCGCCGUCGGCCGCCUGAGCGGCGGCUCGCUGGAGCUGCACUUUGCCGCGUGGCCGCGGCCGUGGCAGAGGGUGCCGUGGUGCGCGGGCCGGGCGGAGGGCGGCCCGCUGCGCGAGGUGGGCACACACUUUCUCUUCGGGCUGCAAGAGAUCUUCGGCGCGCGCUGCGUGCGGCGGGUGCGGGCCACGGUGACGUACCCGGCGGACCGGCGGCUCUGCGAGAGCGGCGCAGAGGGCGAGCUCGAGCUCGAUGGACUUGUGCUGGCGCUGCGGGUGACCACGGACGGGUCGGCGACGGAGGAGAGCGGCGGGGACGACCGGUACGAGCUCCGGCUCGACGGCGAGGGCGGGAGGUCCCUGCUGCUCGAGGACUUCACCUCGCUUCGGCUCGAGCAGCCGCUUCCGCGCGGUUCGCGGACGAUGGUGGAGCGCGCGCCGUACGGAAGGCGCGAGAGCGUCGAGAGCGUGGCGGGUGCCGUGAGGAAGAUGCGCGGCGAGCGGGAUGGCGGCUCCGGCCUCCCCGCACCGCGAAUCACCGCGCGAGAGGCGAGGGAGGCGCAGGCGGUGCUGGAUGCCAUCCUCGCCUCGGACGGAGAGUGGGUCGUGCCAGAGUAUUUGUGA